GCAAGAAGCAGUUGGUGGACAACAAGCUGGACACGAUGUUUCGUGGUGGCAAGGUGGACAACUACUUCAAGGUCUCCCAACGUGGCUCAAACCUCACCACAGAGAUCCGCGCUGGCAUCACCACCUUCUUGACGGCUGCUUACAUCAUGGCUGUGAACCCGAACAUUCUGAGCACCACGGGGCUGAAGUUCGAAG